GGCUCAGGUGACUUCGUUGCCAGUGAUAUUUGCUGCAUUGAGCGAAGCGCAGCGUAAUUGUCGCAGGUCUACAGCCGUCCGUAUAAGUCGUCCUUGCUCAAUAUGCUCGACGAAGAUUCGCCUAGAAUGGUUAUCGUAGCUUGCGAACCUUCGCAAUGCGACGGGGAUAAUUUCGAUCGCUCCUUCGUGCUUGCAUACAUCGUUUACGAUCGAGCUCAUGACAAGACUUUGGCGAGUUUGGAGAGAAUCAUACGGCCCAGUGCGAGUCCGGAAAGGCCAGACGAUUUGCAGAACUGUGCUUCGGUCGAGUCGAACGACAGCGACGAAAGAAAUUGUUCGCUGGAAUUUUGGUUGCAAAAGUUGCAAGUUGAUGUUGGUGAAGACCCGGCUAUCGUUGUAACGUAUGGGCCAUUGGCAUUGCGGGAGUUCAUUCAUCCACGAGCCCAACAAGAGAAACUGAGCGUGCAAGAUUUGCUUCAUUCCUACGUCGACGUUGAAUUGAAUUUCAAGCGCAAAUAUCCUCAACAAGAAGGCGACGAGUUGAAAAAUGUUCAUCAAGUCGCGUCACAUUUAGGUGUCGAAAACACGUCAGAAAAUCCGCAGGGGCUUGAAUUUUGCCGUGUUCUGUUGGGCGUCAUGCAGCAAAUGCCACCGGAUGGAACAAUUCAGAUGAUUCAAACGCAGUAUUCUCAUCUUCCAAGUACGAACUCGUUGCAAGAAGACACGAUAGCACACGUUCAAGGUUUCUCUCCAAAUACCACCGAGUUUAAAUUGGCGCGGUUUUUUGCAGGUCUCAACAUUGAAAGUGGUGGUAUUGUGUUGUGUCCGACUGUGAGCCAUCGGCAGUUUGGCGAAGCAAUGGUGCGAUUUACGAACAAAGAACAGAGAGAUUUGGCUCUAAAUCGAAGCGGUAUGAAAUUUGGUUCCAGAAUCAUCGAGGUAUCAAAGGCAUCAAUACAAGAUUACACAAGAGUUAUGAACCAAGAUUAUGCAAACGGUUCACCGCAAGGCCUGAAUAAAUUUCUGCAUCUUGCUGUGAAUGACUCUGUGAUUGUGAGAAUGCGUGGAUUGCCAUAUAAUACGAAAGCUUCGGAAAUUGUAACGUUUUUUGGUGAAGAAUCACCUGUGUUUCACGAGCAACAAGGAGUUUUGUUCGUUUAUCACCCCGACGGAAGACCAACGGGAGACGCCUUUGUCCUAUUUGCAAACGCCGAACAUGGCAAACUCGCUUUAUCAAAACAUCGACAGACAAUCGGAAAGCGAUACGUUGAACUUUUUCAAAUGAGUAAACAAGAAGUAAUACAAGUGUUCACGAGGCAUACGAUACCAAAUAAUGGUUUUUCGUUCUCUGCCAUCCGAGGCAUACGACCAGCAGGGGUCGAGCCAUUGAACUCGGUACAAAACAAUGCAUAUUUAUCAAACGUCAGGAAUAUUGUUCGAUUACGAGGAUUGCCGUACUCAGCUUCGGUGCAAGACAUUCUUGAUUUCUUGGACGAGUUUGCGAAGUAUGUCUCGCCAGCUGGUGUCCACAUGGUUUACAAUUAUCAGUCGAGGCCAACGGGAGAUGCCUUUAUCGAGUUGAAGUCAGCUGAGCACGCCCAAAAAGCUUCGGAAUCCCUUCACAAGAAACACAUCGGAGAACGCUACAUUGAGGUAUUCCAAUGCUCCUCAUCCGACAUGAGACUUAUGUUGAUGAGUGGAAUCACUAGUAAUAAUAGACAUCCCAAUGCAUGGCUAAGUGCCUCAUAUUCACCACGAACACCCCCACAUGUACCCACCGCAUUCACGUACCCUCCGGCGCCGUCGAGCCCAUAUCCAGCCGUAUCCUCACCACAAAACGUCCGCCAUUCCUCGAAUUCGCCUCUAGCGAUCAUCAGUGUUCCUUCAUCGCCCACGGUAUCCCCAAGGGUAUAUAUGACGUCACCGGGAUACAUGACCUAUCCGUCACAGUCGUACAACGUGUUUAAUUUUUCAUACCCCCCAUCCAAUGUUCCCGUUGAUGGCAACAGCGUGCCGCAUACGCCACCAGUCAUGUCGCCCACGGCUUACGAUAGUUCAGCGGUUUUCUUUACGAACCCAAGUUAUCAGCAGGUACCUAACGAUUACGCAAUGACGCAAAUGGAACCCGUGUACGGCGUCCCUAUCAGUCCCUACAUGCCACCAUCUAAUGGUUAUUACCCCUCGGGAUCAGACACCCUACCUGACACAGUUCACGUUCCUGCGUAUGUUGAAACGUAUUCGGGAUGAAAGGAUAUCAUCAUUCCCCUCGUGAUGCAACCGAAAACAAAACAGAGUAUUCUUAUAAAAAAAAAGUAAAUUUAUUAUUAUAUUUAAAUUAUACAGAAAAAAUAAUUUACAUUGCAUGUGACGAACUUUAAAAUAUUGAUAUUAACAGACUUUUUACACAAGAACUUUUCAAGGGGUUCCUUUGUACCUCGAAAGAUGCGCUACAGGAGAUAUAAAACGACAAUAUUUUUACUCUUUCUUGCGCGUCAGGUUUUUGAAUCAUUAAAUAACUUUUUCAUCGAAUACGCCACUGUCGUAGAUCGCAAAGCAUUGUGGUCUAGUAACAAGUAGCUACCUAGAGUUUAACAAGCAUGCUGUAAACUUGUGAAAAACUGUUGAUAACUUCGAAGCAAUCUCGUACAAUUUGCCUGCGGUUGGAAUUUAAAGUGGGUUUUUUUCCUGUGUAGCCCGCAGAAACUAUAUUUUAAGAUAACCUUAACCUAGAAAUGUUCAAACGCAUUUGUAUUUCAAAGCGAUUUAUUUUCAUCAGUAUAGAUUUGGAUUGUUUUUACACAUGCACCAUAUAACCGAGGGAUUUUCGAUCGAGUUUAUUGUCAGAGUUCGGUCCAUUUUAUUGCUUUUAAACGCCGCAAAAUAGCCAGUGCACAUUUCAGCCGGUGUUUGACAUUCGCAGAUUUCUACGGUCGAUCAAUGUCUAACUAGCUUCAUACGUUUCCACUGACUUUUAAGACCAAUGAGAUUCUUUCCGUGGCUAAUACCACAAUGCAACGCGAUUCAAAAACAACGGCGCUGUCGACGAAAAGGUGGUUUACCGUAAAAAUACUUUAAUAAAUUCUUUCUGAUACCAAAUGAUCAGCAUGCUCUUGCAGUGGGGAGAUAUUAUUGGCAAAACGUGCGAGGUUCAGUGGGGGUGGUGUUUGCCAACUUUAUCUCUUCAUGCAUGUAACUUGUUUAUUCUCGUUACAUUUUGCAUGCUCUCAGAGAUUUGGUGAGAUUUGAGCGUGAAUAAAGAAGCAACAGUUGUCAGUUAUCUGCAAUCGUUGAUGGAGACUGGAUAUAUUGCAUCUUUUCUGCGCACUACUUUACUAAGUCAGGCUUUUGUAAGCCGCCUUUACACAACACUUAAUUUAAUGGCACUACGGACCUAAAAUUAUAAACGCAAUUAAUUCUUGUUCAGACUAUCGGUACCAAUCAAUCGUGGAAAAAAUUUACAGGGGGGGCAAUUUUAGCGCGCCGUUCCAAUAAAUUGAGUGAAGUGUAAACGAUGAUUAAAAUAAGUCGCGACUUGUUAUCUGAAGUUUGACUAUGGGUCAAAUUCAAAACACAGAUUCCAACCGUUUUUAACUAUCGAUAGGAAAGAUUAUUCACCAAAUAUACUCGACCUACUUUAGAAACCGAUUUCACGAAAAAUAUUCUGCUCCAAAUUUGUCCGAUUGAGCUCAAUGGAUUGCUCCAUCCAGUCCUUUCUUUGCAGAUCUGUGCCGGCGGUGGUCGGUUACCGACGUCAGACUGUCGACGAAAGUCGAGAGAAUUUAGCUAGACUAUCAACCUCUAUUUAUUUUCUCAAAAAUGUAAAUGCAAGUUGACAACUUUCUGAUAAUGUCGUGUACCACUCAUUACGUCAGUCAGUAACACGUGUAGAAUAUAUCUAUAGUAUAGAGAAAUUUUAAACAUACUUUUAAAAAUAGUCAAAUAUAUUUUGUAAUGUUUCA